AUGAAAACGAUGUGCCAAAUUUGGGGGGGGGGGGCACUGCGCACCGGCGGUAUUUUAAGCUGCUUCCAACCCUCGCCCCCGGUAGGUCCAUUUUUCCUGUACUAUAUUGCAAGGAAGCACUGGUCCCUGUUUGUGUUUUGCAGACGCUUCUCUGAAUUCAUUCGUUUUACAAACGUGGUUGUGUCAGCACGCGCUCUUGCCACGCUGGCCCUUUGCGCCGUCUCGCUUGAAGGUUGUUGCUCCACGUUUUCCCCUCCGAAUUUCUGCGGGUGGCUUAUUGACCUGAUCUCCCUCCCAUGCGUGUCUGGCUGCCGGGCCUGUCUGUGUCUCCCCGGGUUUGGCGCACCCUGUGGCGGUUCUUUCCAGAGCCCUUUCCCUUUUUCUUUCCCAGGGUUUCCAGCUCCCUUUUCGCCCACAGCCGAAUUGGCGCUGUCUCGCCUGUCAUCCUUUCCAGACCGCGCAGGGAGUUUUCCAAGCCUGUACUUCCUUUCCAUUUUCCUUCUUUCUUUUUUUUUUUGAGGGGGGUGGUGCUAUUUAUACCGGAAGAUAGGUGCUGGAACUCACCAUGAACACCUCCCUUGUUCUCUUAUAAUGGCAGCAUGAAAAAUAACAGCAUGGGCGGGGGACCCAGUUUAUGCAAAGAAGUCAACUGCAACUCUUAUCUGGACAGAGAUAGCAUUGCAACAGUUAUCCAUACCCAGAUGGAUUACUGUAAUGCAUUGUCGUGCAUGGAAUGCACCUUUUGAAAAUGGUCUGUAAACUUCAGCUUGUGCAAAAAACACUUAGUGAUAUGAUCACAUCAUGCUGGUACUUUGCUAUUAACAUUGGCUUCCAGUUUAUUGUUGGGACCAAUUCAAAGUGGUGUUUUUUUAACCUAGUACAGUUACCAGGUUACCUGAAGGAUUACAUAUCCUUCCACAUACACCUACUUCAACCCCCAAAUCUUCACAGAAUGCCUCUGCCAAAGGAAGUGUGCUGAGUAGCUUUUAGAACCCAGCAGUCAUGGAAUGCACUUCCUGGAGAGGCGGGAACCUAUGCUCUGGAUUUUGUGUUUGUUUGUUUGUUUGUUUGUGUCCUAUUGAAUAUAUUUUCUCAGGCCUUUUAACUUUAACAUUUUUUAUGGCUUCAUGAGAUUUUGGGAUAAGAGAUUUUGUUAAAAAGGUUUGUAGUCAACCAAACUUUACUCAGAGUAGACUCAUUGAAAUGAAUGGCCAUGGCUAAUGGCCCGUCCUUUUAUUGACAGCCACCUAGAGAAAGAAUUGUUAUUGUCAUUUUUGUAUUGUAUUGGAUGGCAAUACAAAUACAGCAAAUGAACAACUAUUAUGCAGAACAAUACUCUAAACAUAUAGGUUCCGUUUGGCUAUCAUGGUAAGACUUGCUCUCUAUUCAUUUCUUUAAUCCUAUUUAAAGUAAUAUGCGCCUGUAGCCAUCACCUGUUGCUUUUGUCUUCUAGUCAAAUUUUAUUAGAUAACUUUUAGUGGAGUAAGUCUCUUGCGAGGAGUUCUAGUGUUAAGGGUUAUAGAGGGGGGAAAGCCUAUCUUCUCUAUACCAUGCAUCAUUUUAUAAACCUUUAUUGUGUUCCUCUGCCCUUAGUAAUAUUUAAAACACAUAAACUGACCCCCUUCAACUUUCCUUGUAGGGAAGGUACUUCAAUCCCUUCAUAUUUCUUAGUUGCUUCUUUUCUUGCUGUACAGUGCUCUUUUUGAGAUGGGUCAACUACAUACACUAUUCCAGAAGUGACUGCAGCAUAGAAGUAUUAUGAUACUGGCAAUUUUAUUUUCAGUCUUUUGUCUUAAAAUCCCUAGCAUGGAAUUUGCCGCCUUUAUUGCCACAGAACAUGUGAAUUGGCAUUUUCAUUGAGAUAUAAUGAGAAAAAUAUCACUUCAUGGCCAGUUCAAAGCACAUCAGUCUAUAUGUGAAUGCAAGGCUUUGUUGUUUUUGCUGCAAAAGACUAAUACAGCUAUUCCUCUGGAAAUUGAUAGAAGAAUUUAUAAAAUGUUGCCUCAAAGUGCAUCAAUUUAUACUUGUAUUGGACGUCAUUUGCCAUUUUGUUGCCCAUUCAUCCAGUUUGGAGAGGUAUUUUCUGGAAUUUUUUACUGUCCGAGGAAUAAAUGGGACAGGUGGUGGGUAGGUUUGGGGGAUUCUCUGGUACUGAAUGGGGUACCUGUGCCCCUAAAGGACCAGGCGCGCAGCCUGGGAGUCAUUUUGAACUUACAGCUGUCCAUGGGCGUACAGAUCAAUUCUGUUUCAAGGGCAACUGUAGACCCUACCUGCUUGUGCCCUGUUUUGUCAGAGUGGUACAUGCUCUGGUUAUCUCCCAUUUGGUCUACUGCAAUGCGUUCUACCUUUGAAGAUGACUUGGAAACUACAACUAAUGCAGAAUGUGGCUACCAGACCGGUGAUUGGGAGUAGCUGCUGGGACCAUAUAAAACCUAUCUUAAAAGACCUACAUUGGCUUCCAGAACAUUUACAAGCACAAUUCAAAGUGUUGGUGCUGACCUUUAAAGCCCUAAAUGGCUUUGGCCCUGUAUACCUGAUGGAGUGUUUCCACCCCCAUUGUUCAGCCUAGACACUGAGCUUCAGCUCUGAGGGCCUUCUGAUGGUUCCCUCAUUGCAAGAAGUGAGUUAUGGGAUCCAGGCAGAGGGUCUUCUCAGUAGUAGUGCCUGCCGUGCGGUAUGUUCUCCCAUCAGAUGUCAAAAGACAUAAACAACCCUGUAUAGGGAAGUUUUUAAUGUUUGAUGUCUUACUGUGUUUGAUGUUUUAAUUUGUUGGAAGCUGCCCAGAGUGGUGGGGCAACCUGGUAGGAUGGGUGGCAUAUAAAUAAUAAAGUAUUACUAUUACAUACAAAAUUGUGUGUUUAAAAGUAGGUUAAUUAAUAGUUAAAUUUAGAACAAGAAAAAGAAGCAGGUUUUUAUUAUUGAAUUAUAGUCUUACUGGAGUUUGAUACUUUUGAGGCUUAAAAAAUAUGUUUAUUAAGAACACAUCUAGCUGUUAAACAAAGAAGAACAGCAUUUAAUUGACCCAAAGUCAGAGACAUUACCUCAUUAUCAUGAGGUUAGUUAUAAUUGGCCUUGACUGAGAAACCAGGAUGUGGCAAAUAACACAUUAGUUUGAGGGUGGGCUUCAUUUUGCUAGGCACUGUUCUUAUGAGGCAUGCAUUCUUAUGAGGUGGCCAGACAUGGUAUUUUUGUCCCAUGUUAAUGGCCUAUCCAGUUAGCUUUACUGAGCUGACUUAGCUUGCUAGCAUAAUCUCCAGGGGGUUUCUGUUUGGCAAAAUUUAAUCAAACCUUGAUUAAUUCAAACUUUUACUAAAUUAUGGGGAAUUAUAUGAUACCCAAUGAGAAUUCUGUUUUGAGCUUUUUAUUGAAGACUCUAUUAGAACAAAAAAAUAAAGAUAGGUAUUGCCUUUUGUAUAAUGGGAUCAGCAAUCCCUUUGGCUCCUGUGAGAGCAUCCAGGGACCAUAGGAAGCAUCAGAUCUCCCUCUCUGAAAGUGGAGUGAGUGUCACUGGAGAGCUCAGAGAUUGAGAUCUGUGUCAGAUUCCCUUCUUCCAGCCCUAGACCUACUACCAUUGGAAUGGUAAAGCUGAAGAAGGGAUAUCUGGAGGUGGGUUAGAGGUGUGCCAAAGAAGAACUGUGUGGAAGCCUUGGAUCCAACACCUUCCAAGAACUCCAAACUCAGAGAGGGAACUGUGGCAGCCCUGGAGUUGGUAUAGUCCAGUCCCAUUUAUUUCCCUCCCAUUGAAGGGGAAAAAAUAGAAAAGGAUGUAGGAGUGCAUAAGCAAUUUUCCACCCUUAUUUCCUCCAUGUCACCUAGGGCCUGACACAGUGCUGGAUAUGGCUGAUGCCCUGACAUCAGCCUCCAUCUCCUGCCUUAGGAUUGCACACUCAGGGGAUUUUAAAUUCCUUGAAGACCAGCUCAAAAAAAAUUUUGGGUGCACUCCUAAGCAACGCUUAAUUGGAACUAGCUUCAUUGACUGCAUUUGGGCUUACCACAGCGUAGAUAUGGUUCGAAUCAUGUCAUAAGAGGGAAAUAAAAUGCAUGCCAAAUGCAUUUCUGGAUUGCACUAUACAGUGGUACCUUGCAAGAUGAAUGCCUCGCAAGACGAAAAACUCGCAAGACGAAAGAGUUUUUCGUUUUUUGAGUUGCUUCGCAAGACGAAUUUCCCUAUGGGCUUGCUUCGCAAGACGAAAACGUCUUGCAAGUUUGUUUCCUUUUUCUUAAAACCGUUAAUACCCAUUAAAACCGUGCUUCGCAAGACGAAAAAAUCGCAAGACGAAAAAACUCGCAGAACGAAUUAAUUUCGUCUUGCAAGGCACCACUGUACAUUAUUUGUGCAAAACAUAGAAUGGACAAGCUUAAACAAUCUAACUCAUAGAAUCAUAGAAUCAUAGAGUUGGAAGAGACCACAAGGGUCAUCGAGUCCAACCCCCUGCCAAGCAGGAAACACCAUCAGAGCACUCCUGACAUAUGGUUGUCAAGCCUCUGCUUAAAGACCUCCAAAGAAGGAGACUCCACCACACUCCUUGGCAGCAAAUUCCACUGUCAAACAGCUCUUACUGUCAGGAAGUUCUUCCUAAUGUUUAGGUGGAAUCUUCUUUCUUGUAGUUUGGAUCCAUUGCUCCGUGUCCGCUUCUCUGGAGCAGCAGAAAACAACCUUUCUCCCUCCUCUAUGUGACAUCCUUUUAUAUAUUUGAACAUGGCUAUCAUAUCACCCCUUAACCUCCUCUUCUCCAGGCUAAACAUGCCCAGCUCCCUUAGCCGUUCCUCAUAAGGCAUCGUUUCCAGGCCUUUGACCAUUUUGGUUGCCCUCCUCUGGACACGUUCCAGUUUGUCAGUGUCCUUCUUGAACUGUGGUGCCCAGAACUGGACACAGUACUCCAGGAGAGGUCUGACCAGAGCAGAAUACAGUGGCACUAUUACUUCCCUUGAUCUAGAUGCUAUACUCCUAUUGAUGCAGCCCAGAAUUGCAUUGGCUUUUUAGCUGCCGCGUCACACUGUUGGCUCAUGUCAGGUUUGUGGUCAACCAAGACUCCUAGAUCCUUUUCACAUGUACUGCUCUCAAGCCAGGUGUCACCCAUCUUGUAUUUGUGCCUCUCAUUUUUUUGCCCAAGUGCAAUACUUUACAUUUCUCCCUGUUAAAAUUCAUCUUGUUUGUUUUUGCCCAGUUAUCUAAUCUGUCAAGGUCGUUUUGAAGUGUGAUCCUGUCCUCUGGGGUGUUAGCCACCCCUCCUAGUUUGGUGUCAUCUGCACAUUUGAUCAGGAUGCCCGUGAGUCCAUCAUCCAAGUCGUUGAUAAAGAUGUUGAAUAAGAUCGGGCUCAUAGGAGUGUAAGAGAAAAUGUAACUCCUCUGUUGUACAUCUAAUUAGAUUUAUGUCUACUUUGCUGGGCAUAUGAAGUAUUUUAAAAAUCUGUGAAUUGACAUUUAGCUGCUUAAAUUAUAAUAUAUGAAGUUGCAAACAAGAAAUGCCUCAUGCACACAAUCUGUGAAUAAAAGAAGUGAUGUAUGGAGCUACUGGGUGGAAUUCACCUGAUGAGUCCCCGUCAACAGAGGUGUCAGGAGCUGGAGUCAGGAGUAGGUCAGCAAUGAAAAGACACUGGUGUCAGUGAAGUUAACUCUUUAGUCAAAGAAACCAAAACAGUGCAGGCCUAGUGAUCAGAGCAACUCUUCGCAGAAGGUCUUGCCACAAUGAGUCAUUUGCAAGGACUGAAGGUCCCCGCCUUCCCCAGUUCCUUCCCCAGCAGCAGAAGGCUCUGUCACCUUGUCUUUCAUUGCUUUGGCCUCUUCAAUUCUCUGCAUGUUCUGGGAGACCAGUGAGGAGGAAAGUAGUCACAGCAGGAUGGGGAGCCUCCCUGGAUUCUUCCGCAGCCUGCUUCAUCUUUGUCUCCUGCCCCCCCCGCCUCUAAGUCUGCCAUGACUUGUCCUCUGCCACAGCCUCUUCUGCACACUAAACCCUGUUGCCUCUUCAGCUUCUGACACCACCUCCUCCCAGUCUUCUCCCUCUGCAUCCAGCCAAACCCUGCACAAGGACUUCCACUAGGGCAGUGGGGUUUCCCCCUCUCUUUACCCUGUGCCACCCCAAAUUGAUACGGGGGGAGGUCGGAUGGGAGAACCCUCAGAACAUUGUGCUGGGGGAGGGGGAUGAUUCCAUCAGGCAAGCCGAUCUCAUAGAAUUGUAGAGUUGGAAGGGAUUCCAAUGGCCAUCUUGUCUAAUGCCGUACAAUGCAGGAAUCUCAAUUACAGCACCCAUGACAGGUGGCCAUCCAACCUCUGCUUAAAAACCACCAAUCAAUCAAUCAAUCAAUCAAUCAAUGUAUGUAUGUAUGUUUUCACUGAUGGAGCAAUCAGAGGAGUGGGAUGUUGAAUUCCUCCCACUAUCUUUUUAGAGCAAACACAUUCUCAAAAUAAUCAUUGCAAGUAGGGCUAGCGAAUUACUAAUUUUCUAAAAACAAGUGGGCAGUGGAAUUGGGCUGGCAGAACCUUUGAAAUAUUCUUAAAUACAAUCUUCAGCUAUAGACUGUGGGUGUGGACCAUGUUUUGAUAAUUUGUCUGCACCUCUGGUUUUCUGUCUAGAUUGGCAAUUCAAAGACAUCCACAAAUCAAUUCACCAGCUCACAAGAACAUCUGCUUCCAACUCUGGUGAACAGAACACUCAAGACCAUAUAGAUCCCUGCUCCAGAGGUUUCAUUUCCACUGCAUUUUUUAACAGGUAAGAAACAGCAGGAGACUUUUAUGAGUAACAACAGAGAAUGUUUCUUACCUUUUCCUUAUCUCGCAUUAAUGAGAGAUAAACUGCCCCUCAAGCUCUCUGUGCAUGCCUGAGGACUUGAGGGGGCAGUGGUAGGUAGCUGACUAGUAUGCUGAGCCAACAUUUUGAGACCCUGGGAUAUACAGAUACCUGAAAGUUUCCCUUCAGUGGAGGGUGCAAGAGUGAUUUUAAUCAGGGCAGAACAACAGUGAAUAGCAUCAAAUAAAAAAGCAGAUCACUAAAAUAUAGAGAGAAACAAUUAAACAUUUAAAAAGAGCCAGGAAUUAUAUAUAUAUAUGUAUGUAUUUAUAUAUGUGUAUGUGUGUGUGUGUGUGUAUGUAUGCAUCAGUCAUAUAAAAAGAUCACUGGAAAAGUAUUCAAGCAAUGAUGGGAUAUCAAUAAAGAAGGAGCUGGUCUAAUAUCCCUGGGUGAAGAGUUCCAUGUAGUGGACUCCACAGCAGAUAAGUUGCACUCAUAAGGACCACCCUUCCACUGUAUCUCAGGAGGCAAAACGAUGUGCAAAAGGCCUCACUAGAUGACCUCAGAUGGUAGACGAAUUCAUUUGGGAAUGGUGUGAUAUGAUCCUUGGACUUGACACCCAAGUUGUAGUCUCUACAAGUAGCUGUAUUGUUGCACGCCACCCCAAUAUAAAAGCAGUGCAGUAUUCCAGGUGCUUACCCUGGGUCCAUGUUUCCUUUUGGAAUGAGGCACAGUGAAGAUUGUGGUUUUCUUAGGAUAUAUGGUUUAUUUACACACUUAGGAUAUAUGGUUUAUUUACACACAUAUGCAAUCUGAGCCUAUGAUGGAGGGUUUCACAGCACCAGCACCCCAAGAGGGCCUUGCUUUCCCCAUAGCUACACCCUUAGAUUCAAACAGAAAUCAAACAUUGCUUGACUCUCUGGCUUCCCAGCUUGAUGCUUUGCUUCUAGCUCACAUCACACAACUCUCUGCUCUCAACUCUGCCUUUGUUCUUCUAACCACCAGCGAGUUGAGAGAGGGGACCCCACCUAUUUCCCAUCUUGCACAGAGCCCCUUUCUUUGUUCCCUUAAUGACCCAUGACCUCACCAGGAAGCUAGCUUGGCUACUCCAAGAAUUAGAAGGCGGCUCGGGCAUUCAGCCUAACCCCCACAAAACUCAUAACACAAUUAUCUGUGUUGAACAAAGGCAUUAUGGGAAAAGAAGCCCAAUCAUUACUUUUAACAUUCACAGGAGCAAAUUGACUAGGUAAUGCAUGUGCAUAAGGAAGUUCCUAUUCCUUUUUGCUCCUCGUGUAGAAGAGUUUGAAUAUUAGGCUUUAUUGAAACAUGACAAGAGGAAUAAAGCAAAAGCAGCUUAUACUAUAAAUGGGAAAAAUCUGUUUGCAUCAAUCAGUCUAGUAGCUGAAUUACAGUAAUCAAGCUAGAGUCCUUCAGAUGUUUUGACCUAUAGCUCAUUGUCCCAGACUCCCAGUGGCUGUGCUGACUGGGAUCGGUGGGAACUGUAUUAAAAAACGUCUGAAGGGCACAAGGUGGGCAUAGGUUGCAUAAUAAUUUCAAAACUUUCCAGGUUGCCUGGCUGAUGCUUUGAGGUUUUAGCAUAAUAACCAUGUCAAGGACUCAAAACUUACAGAUUAGGGUUACUAUUGUAUAUUCUGUGUACAUGUUUAUUAUUAUGAGAAAAUAAUAACGUUUAGAGCAGAUAACAAGUAUUUCUCAUAAACACUGAAAAGCACAUAGGUAGCAUUAGAUUACAUUUCUAAAACUCUGUUGACAUUUACUUUUUCUGUUCUUUUAUUUCACUUGCUGUGCACUUCGUGCUUAGUGUCUAGGGCUAGUAGCCUGGAAGGCAACAGGGGCAUGUGGUCAAUCAUUUGUGUGAAUUGAUGAGACGGUAUUUGUUACCAUAGAUUUAACUAGUCUUAUUCAGACAUGACAUGCAGAUUUCCCUUUUGAUAGAGGAUAACAGUCAUUUUGAGAGACACCCACCCACAAAAGCCACAGACAUGAUGCCUGACUCAAAUCUUUACCCACUGCUUUGCAAUGCAAAACUGGUGGAGUUUUUGGUACUUUCUGAUUAAAGCAAAAGUAUUUUACAGGGGUUUUCCAGCAUCUUAGAUGGUUGCUCAAAAACAAAUCAGCUGAGGCUAGUGGAGGGGGACGGAGACAUUUUUUUUUGCUUAUCUUUGACGCUCAUUCAAAACAAAAAAUAAAUCAACCCCAAAAGAAAUUGAGUGUGGUAAAACAUGGCAAUACCACUCCAGGUGUAGGAGAACAAAUCAUACUGCAAGGGCUUUAGUGGAAGAAGCAGCUAAGGUGGGCUUUUUGAUCAGCAUCCACUCUUACAAGCUCUGGCACCCAUGCUAAUGCUAUUGCACAGUGUUUCCCAACCUGCUGUUUUCCAGAUAUUUUAGACUACAGCUUCCAUCUGUCCCAGCCAGUUUUGGAGUUGCAGUCCAAAACAUCUGGAAAGCACCAGUUUGGGGAAGGUUGUUAUAGAGGCAUAGGAAUCACUUUGGAACUUGUAGCAUUUGGACACAGCAUACCAAAAUAUUGAAAGCCUUCUACUUGAAAACAUCCAAAGCACAAAAGGCAUGAUAUAUUGGUUUUGAGGAAGCCUUUAUCUCUUAUAGUGCAGGUAGCCAUACUCUGGGAAAGGAAAAGGACUGUUUCUAGGUGGUCACUGUUGUGUGUUGAUAAAGUGAAUUGAUAGUAUACUAGUGAGGCAUUUCACAAAAGGAGAACAUGAAUGUGCUUAUUCAUAUACGCAAACCAAUGGUGAAAGAUGGUGGAUGAGAACUUUCAGAAGUAACAUAUACUGGAGUAUUCUUUCCAUCUUUCAACAAAUCCUGUGUAUUCAGACGUAAGUCACUCUGGGUUCAGUGGGACUUACUCUGAAGUAAGAGCAUAGGACUGCAACAUUAGUAGCUUAAAUAGAAAUGAAGAAGUUUGGUUCAGUUAAUAUUGCACUUGGUUGUUGAAGAGUUAUAGAAGUUGUGCAUGGCAAGAUAUGGCGGUUUAUGCAACUAUAUUAGACACAGAAACCCAGUCCAUAUAAAUUUUUGGAGCUUUAGAGAACAAUAAGGCAGGAAUCUGUUUUGACCCAUAUCACUUUAAUCCCCUUUUAUCCAGUGAGACAAGAAUUUUCAGUAUUGAAAGUAAUGAAUUGAUGCCACUAAUUUUAAAAACCCUUUUAUUGUAUGAGGUUCCCCCACCCCCAUGCUUUAGGUGUAAAGGAAUGGGAGUGGAAAGGAAUUCCCCCCAGAUCAGAUGUGUCAGCAAUUCUUUUUCCUGUAGUGAGUACAAUAGGUGUGAGGCAUCUGCGUAUGUAACUACAUAUUUUCCUAAGCACAUUUUACCUUUGUUGCUCAUAUUUUCUGCUUUGGCACACAGUCUUCUGUUAGGGGCAACAUACCUAGAGAAGCGUGCUGCCUCAGUAGAGGGGAUCAGGUCCCUACAUUGUAGUGUACUUUAUUAAAAGCCACCCUCACCCCAAAAUCAUCCUUGCUUGUUGGUUACUUGAAGAUGAUGGCCAAUUUAUUAUUUGCAUAUGUCCAAGAGCUGUUGUAGACCAACAAUGGAUGGAUAUUUUAUAUCAGCUCAAAAACAUUGCUUUUCAACGUCCUAUCAAGGCAGAUCACAGAUUCAGCUGCAAGUAUAAUAUGGAAGAUGAAAAAUGAUAUACUUGAGAGGCAGUGUUAUGUAGUGGUUAGAGCUGGACUAGAACUGGGGAGACCCACAUUUACGUUCCCAUCUUAGCCAGGAAGCUCACUGAGGAGGUCAUUCUCUCUUAGCUCAACUUAAAGCAGGCAGGGGGAAAGAAUUAUUUAUGCUCUUUCAAGCUUCUUGGUGGAAAAGCAGGAUAUACAGUGGUACCUCGGGUUAAGUACUUAAUUCGUUCCGUAGGUCCGUUCUUAACCUGAAACUGUUCUUAACCGGAAGCACCACUUUAGCUAAUGAGGCCUCCCGCUGCUGCCGUGCUGCCGGAGCAUGAUUUCUGUUCUCAUCCUGAAGCAAAGUUCUUAACCUGAGGUAAUAUUUCUGGGUUAGCGGAGUCUGUAACCUGAAGCGUAUGUAACCUGAAGCGUAUGUAACCUGAGGUACCACUGUACAUGCAACAGCUUAAUAACUUAACAAAUUGGGACAACGGCUGCCAAAAGGCAUUCUGUCUUUCAGACACCUUAUUACUUCUGUGCAGCCCCUGAUUUACUUUUGGGGCUUUAACUCCCACCUGCAAUGGGGGCCAUAAAUGCAAUUUCAAUGUAAGCUUGUUCUUUUGUGAGUGCAGCAGAGGGCCCAAUCCAUAUACUGUGCACUUGGCCCCAGUAGUACUCCUGAGGUCACCUAAGCGAUCACCUCGCCACAUAUAUCUCUGCCCAGCAACUGCGUUCCUGAUAAGGGGAAAUGAAGAGAGUACAGUGGUACCUCUGGUUACAUACGCUUCAGGUUGCACUAAAUUCUUCCAGCCAUCUGAAAUUAAUUACCAACUAGAAUUAGGCACCAAGAGUCAGGAUGUUUAGACACCCAUAUUUUUUAUUAAGAAGCUUUUUGCGAGAUGUGACCCAUUCUUUUGUGAACUAUUAACUAUGUCUGUAGGAAAGGUUUUAUUGUUUUUAGAAUUUGUAGGAAGUCUUGGCAUAGGAGUUGGGCAUGUAUCUGAGGCAUGACAGGGUGGUGUAGUGGUUAAGAGCGGUAGUCUCGUAAUCUGGGGAACCGGGUUCGCGUCUCCCCUCCUCCACAUGCAGCUGCUGGGUGACCUUGGGCUAGUCACACUUCUUUGAAGUCUCUCAGCCCCACUCACCUCACAGAGUGUUUGUUGUGGGGGAGGAAGGGAAAGGAGAAUGUUAGCCGCUCUGAGACUCCUGAAGGGGAGUGAAAGGCGGGAUAUCAAAUCCAAACUCCUCCUCUUCUUCUUCUUCUUCUUCUUCUUCUUCUUCUUCUUCUUCUUCAGGGGUGGAUCCAUAGCAAAACUUAGGUUUACGCAGAUGGCCCCCAAAUGCUGCGGGAAGCCCACUAGCCCUGCACAACUGACUCUUUGGACAGAGACUUCCCUCUAGACCCCUCUAAUGUGGUACCUUGUUAUCACUGUCACAGGGAUGAAUGUAUGAAAGACUAUAGGAUUCUACCCAAGGCCUAAACUGCCAAAGCUGUGACUAGUGCUAUGGGGAAGGCGAAACCUGCAGAACAGGGAAAAAUCCUUCCCAGCCCUGAAUAUGAUGACCGUCAAAAAACCACAGCAAAGCCUGAAAAGGAAUUGAUUAAAACAGCAAACAACUAAAACGAAGGGAGGGAGAAGGGUGGGUGACGCUCUUGCCUGACUGGAUGAGGAGGGUAGGAUUGGCUGGGAAUUACAGUUGCCAAGCGGACCUGAGUGAAGCAUUUCUCCCUCAGGUCCAUUCGUCAAUCCACACCCCACUAAGGUGGCCAUGGAUUGGCUCAUUUGAAUCAGUGGGUUUGGCGGGAACCCAUGAGCCUCCAUGGUGGCUGAGGGGGACAUGCUGUGCAUCCAAGCAGCAAUGGAGGCGUUGCACCGGGCCGCAACCACCGCUCACCAAUGAGGUACGGUAAGCGGCCAUUCUUUGCAUUAGAAUGCAUUUAUUUUAACUUCAUUCAAUCUGCAGAGGAGAGAUCACAUACUGUUUUUAGCCACUGAAUUCCAAAUGUGAUGUUGGCAUCUGUGAGACGACCCAAGCAAUAUCUUCAAAAGGUUAAGUACUCUAAAUAUGGUUCCUCUAUUCAGAAACCCAAACGACAGUUUGAAAAUCCAAUUAUGACACUUGAACUUGAUCAUGUUAUAGACAACUUGAACUGUUUCUGGGGACUACAUUAUAACUUUUCCGACAAAAGUAUCAUUCAAGGCUCCCUUUUGCAAUUAGGGAGCCAUCACACUCAGCCUUUUUAAAAUCCCUGCUGUGAGAAUACAGACUUUCAACUCACAUCUUUGUGUCAUAUUCUGUGCCAAUCAGCUGGAAAAGUGAGACAUUGUAAUAAACAUGAGACACAAUGAUAUAAUAGUUUGCCUCUUCUGCAGCUCGUAGCCUCAUCUGAAAAUUAGCAUGACUACGCAAACUGAAUUUGUUCAUUCAGUUUUCUCCCCUUCUCAAUAUUGUUUGUAAAAAUUAAAAGAAUUGGAAAAACAAUUAAAGAAAAAGUUUAGAAAUAAUAAAGAGACUAAGAGAAACUGCUUGAUGUUAAGAGCAGUUCAGCAAUGGAACCACUUAACUAGCAGAGUGGUGGAUUCGCCUUCUUCUGAGGUCUGAAGAGAUGCCCUAGUGCUGGAUUUCAGGCAUCGGACAUGGGGGUUGGAAUAGAUGGUCUACAGGGCCCAUCUGUCAUUUAGACAUACAUCAUCAUGUGCAAGUGUCAAGCACUUAAAAUACAGAAAGACAGCAAAGGGGUGUGUGUGCGGGUUGGGGAGCUUAUUAACAGACAAAACUUCUGUACAGCAGCUGCACACACAGAGAUGCCCUGUGGUAUGGCUUCUUAGUUUUAGUAUUAUAACUACUGCUAGUUUUGAUUUCUUUAUUUAAAAUGUUUAUAUUCGUCAUCUAGCAGGAUUUAUGUUACACUUAAUAAUCAAAGCUGUACCGGUCGAUACAAAGCAUCAUUAGAGUCUAGAUUAAGCCAGCAGGUAAUAGCUGAAUAACCUCUUUAGCCAUGAAUCAGAUUAGUAGAUGUAACUUUUUUGGUUUUUAAAUAAAGUUUCCUCCAAUAAUUAGGUUUCAGAUCUUGUUUUAGAAAGAAAAUGAAGUGUAAUAUAAGACUAUAGCAAAUCUACAAAGAAUAAGCACCUUCUGUUACCCCCUGUCCUUGUCUCCACAUGUAUAUGACCACACACACAUCCAAGAAACACACACUUGGCCCUUUAAUCGUGAGCCAUGGUGUGCCACAGCACAAAAAUGGUGAGCAUUCAGUGGAGCUGGCAAUAUUUUGGUUAAGCCUCUAGAGAGAGUAAGAGAUGAAAAUCCUGAUGAGAAGCAGCAGCAUAUGAGUGACAGGAAGGCAGAGAAGGAACGAGGCAACCAUUGUCAAAUAAGGAUACAGGAUGACAAUGGAAAGUAGGCCAACAGAUGGGUAAGGAAUCAGGUUGGAGCAGUUUUUCCCAACCUGGUGCCUUCCAGAUGUUUUAGACGCCAACUCCUGUCAGGCCCAUCUAGCAUAGUCAAUAGUCAGGAGUGAUGGGCAAUGUAAUCCGACAACAUCUGGAGGACUCCAGUGUAAGGAAGGCUGGGUUAGAGGAAGAAGCCAAAAGUGUAUGCAGCAUGCAUGCAGCCAUACAUUCCCUGGGGAUGCAUGGUUACUGAAGCACUAGAGAGGCAAGAGAGAAAUUAGUUGGAGAGGAGGGAAAAAGAGAUCAGAGCACAGUUACUACCAAGACAACCAGUGGUGGGUGGGUAGAAGGAGACUCUUCCUCAGGGAUUUACUCUGCACUGGGGGGUGGUGUGUCACAUGGUUAUUCCUUAUGAUUUGCAAUCAUAGAAUUGAAAAGGAUCCUGAUAGUGAUCUAGUUCAACCCCCCGCAAGACAGGAAUCACAACUAAAGCAUUUGUGCCAGAUGGCCAUUAAACCUCUGCUUAAAAACCUCCAAGGAAGAGUCCACAGCUUCCUGAGGGAGUCCAUUCCACUGUCAAACAGCUCCUACAGGCACCCUUUGAGAGAACAAGGUUUAACUAUUUUUUCCCUAGAACAUCUAUGAAAAGGCCACUAUGAAGAGCUAUAAUCUAAGCUGUGAGUUGCCUUGAAAGAAAAAAUACAAUGCAAGGAGAAGGCUGCAUGGUGGGGGUGGGGAAACAAAAGCCACAAGCAAAAUACAAACAUGGUUCUACUUGGGAAUUCCUCUUAAUGGCUUGGCUUUUUUUUACUGAAGUAGUUUCACUAAAGCAAAGGAUGGGGAAAAUAUCUAUAGUGUGGUGGGAUUUUUCCUUUCUCACCAUGGGUAGUGAGUGCAAAGAAAGGUCUUCAUUUAGUUGUGGGGUCCUAUAUGGUUUCUACCAGUGGACUUCAUAUAGUGCUUUCCCUUUUUAGGCCCACAGGAAUCCAAACAAUAGCUUUGCCACAAGGCAUGAUUAGAUUGGAACAAAGGGAGAAUAAGGCUCAUGUCUCCUGAAUAGAGGUUGGGAAAAAGAUGAUAUCUUGAUGAAACAGAGAAAUUAUCCCCAAAUUUGUUUCAUGAAGGAUAAAUUGUGACAGACUUCAUAUAGCUGUAAGUCCUUGACUGCAAAUCUGCCUUGACUGCAAUUGCCAGGUGGUUUUUUAACUUUGGUUGUUGAUUCAUUAGGGUUUGUUGGCUUUUUUAUUAGUAUUUUAAAGUUUUUUUUCAGUUGUAUAAAAUAAAGUGAAAAAAGAGAAAAGAAGAAAGUGCAGUAUAUGCUAUUGUAUACAAGCAUGGUGGCCAUAAUGCCAAGGUUGCAGGUUUGAUCCCUGUAUGGGACAGCUGCAUAUUCCUGCAUUGUAGGAGGUUGGACUAGAUGAUCCUCAGUGUCCCUUCCAAUUCUAUAGUUCUAUGAUUCUUAUAUAUGCUAAUACAUAUAUAAUUAUUAAUAACCACCUAUAUUCUGUAUAAACUUGUUUCACAUGUAAGCAUAUUUAUUCAAACAACGUCUGAUGUUGCAAGUGCCGUCAUGUCUUCAGUCCAUUGAUGAAAGAAACCAUAUCUUUUAUUUGUUGGCUUAAAUAGCCAUUCUUAACCACAUGCAGUUCACCUGUUUAUGCAAUGGAAAUACAUCCAGGGGAGAUCAUUUGCUUUUUAAACUUACUGUAAGUAAAACUACUGGAUUCGCAGUAUUACCCAUACCUGAGUUCUCAACUGAAACAUCUCACUUAAUGACUGUACCUAUAAAUGCCAAGCUGCUUUCCUUUAAAAGAGAAAUGUUGAAGCUUUGCAAUAUAUAAAGUAAUAUAUUCUUUGCAAAUUCAGUAUUUGACAGAUUUAAUUUUUAAUUAUAAACUGACUUAUAAUGGAUUGAAAAGAAGUAAAAGUUUUAUUACUUAAAAUUUUACAUGUACUGAUUUUUCCAAUUUUGGAAUAAUGGGAACUUCAGUACUCGAUCCACAUUUAGGCUGCAGUUCUGAGAACAUUCACCCGGGAGGAUGACCUAUUAAACACAGUCGGAUUUCUCUGAGUAAACAGGAAUAAAUUUAUGUUGCAACAGUUGUACAGUUGUGGAGCAUUUACAAAUAUUUCUCCUUACCUAGUCACAGUCAUUGGUGAGAUCCAAAACAUCCUGCAGCAUUCUUCCUAUUCACCAAACAACAAUUUUGUUUUUCCAUGAAUAUUACUUAAGAGGAUUUUUAAAAUAUAUACAAGUUUUGGUGUAAGAGAAAUUCUAUGAUAAUGCUCAUGAAGAGAUGUCCGUUGGAAAGAGCAUAGUGCUCAGUUGUGCAAGAGUUCUGAACAUUCAUAAAAAGCUCAUUAUUCCCAUUUGUUUUAACAGAUCCCAAUCAGCCUGUGCUUGAGAUACUAUAUGAAAAUCAGUUGAGCAGCCCACACAGGUAAAAAACCUGCAUACACAAACACAUGAAGAUCUCUAGCUUGUUACAACAGGUUUUGUUUUAGCUAUGAUCACCCAUAGAAAAUUUUAUAGAUUCCUCUACAUCUGCCUUCCCCAACCCUUGGAUCCCCAGAUGUUUGAUGUUGUUGAGAUGAUGACAACUCAUACCAUCACCAGCCAGUAUGGUAACUCUAACCCUUCAUUAUAGGCAGGAUUGAGAAUGUAACUGGAAAGAGAAACAAUUGUGAUAAAUUCAGAGUUUAUAUUCUCACAUCAUGUAAUGAUUAUGAGUAGUGACCAGCAUUGCAACUAAAACCCACAAUGUAGGGUUCAGAGUUGAAUGAAUGACACAAAAGGCCACUAGUUUUGCAGGAGGUGUAAAGAGUUUUAACCUGUUUAAUAUAAAAAAAUCAGCAUGCUUUGUUUUUGUUUGGUAAUUCCAGUAUGGCAUAAGGUGUGUGUGUGUGUGUGUGUGUGUGUGUGUGUGUGUGUAAGAGAGAAAAUAUGCAAAAACAGAAGUAUUAAAACAUGUGUUCCAAUAACGGGCUAUCUUUUGUUACUUUUCACAGUGCCAGGACCCUAGUUUAUCCUUUGUUUCCAGCAACAUAUAAAGAAAACACUGAGGAACUCAAAUACGGAAGGAAACCAGUGGGUAAGGUUAACAUGAAAUUUUUAAUUUAAUUAAACAUGGGUUUGAAGAGGAACACAGCUAUUUUUGGUUUGGUGAAGCAUCAGCUGCCUUAAGACUAAAAACACUUGCACAUAGAAACAUUAGCCUUUGCACGUUAAAGUAACACCAGAUAUGCUGCCUGGCUUGGAAAUGGACUUUAGUAUUAGACACAGUGCAUAAGGCUGGUGUAGCAGUAAGUGAUCAAUCAUUAUCUACUCCAGCCUUUGGUUUUCAAGCACAGUACUUUAUUGGCAAAUGCAUUUUCUUCCCCUUCAGGUAAGCAGUGUUCAUGACAGCAUAAGCUGAAUGGAGAUUAGUUUCAUUAGUGCUGAAGAAGAAUGAGACUAUCACACUGAAGUACUAUACAUUAUUAUUAUAUAUUUUAUUUAAAUAUCUAUAUUUAUGCAUUUACAAACUUUAAUAAGCAUUCAUCAUCUCCACUUUUUUAUAGCAGAGAAUUAGCUUCUGUAAAAUGACCAUGUACAAAACUAGGCAACAGGUUUUUUUUUCCAUAUUUCUCAGCUGUCGUGAGCAAUAAAAACGUGACCAAGAUGGAAUGA